CUGACAGAGCCGAGAGCAAACCGAAAUCCAGCCGAGAUCCACGCCGCUCGCGUAACUCCGCCCGCAACCGCGGCGUUUCUCCUCCUCCUCCCCUUCCCUUACCUCCCUCCGCCGCCCUCGCUCGCGCCCGCCUCCCCCCCGCCGGAGAUCCCGCACGUGCGCCUCCACGUGCCGAAGAGCUCGGCCGCUCCCCGCGACGCCAUACCCGCUUCCCGCUCGCUGUCCCGGAACCGCAUUCCCAACUCGCCUCUUGGUAUUUACCUGGAAGCUGGAACCACCGUUCGGCGCCGGCCAUCGCCUGUGACGAUCCGGGGUGGUUUUCUGACGUUGAACUGAUGAGCGGCUCCGGUGCAUCUACUAACUUACGCACUGCUUUUUCCCAUUGCGUGCAGCAGGUUCGGAGUUAUGAUUACCAUCACUACCUUUGCCUUCUUGAACUUCCACCCAACAUGCGCAAGGCUGCAUUUGCCCUCCGUGCUUUCAAUGUUGAAACAUCCAGAGCCAUGGACAUUGCUUCUGAUCCAAGAAUUGGCCUCAUGCGCCUUGUGUGGUGGCAGGAAGCUAUAGACAAAAUUUUUGCUAAUAAACUAAUUGAACACCCAACUGCACGGGCCUUAUCUGCAGUUGUAUCUGAGUUCAAAUUUAGCAAAGCAUGGUUGAAACGAUCUGUUGAAGCUCGUAUCAAUGAUGCUAGCAGAGAGGUGACUGAAAUGCCAGAAACCAUUGAUGAAUUGGAAAAGUAUGCCGAGGACACUGCAUCAACCAUUCUUUACACAACACUUCAAUCUGGUGGAAUCAGGUCCACUGCAGCUGAUCAUGCGGCAUCUCAUAUUGGAAAGGCCAGUGGCCUUCUUUUGCUGCUUAAGUCGCUGCCAUAUCAUGCUAGCAAGAGCCGCCACUCUUUAUAUAUACCUAGAAAAGUGGCGGCCAAGCAUGGAUUGCUGGUCGAAAUGGGAGGUCAAUCAGAAGUUCGAUUAGACUCCCGUGAGAAGCUUUGCGAUGCAGUAUUCGAGAUGGCAUCUGUGGCUAACAUCCACUUGCAGAAGGCUCGUGAAUUAGCUGGAACAGUGCCUGUUGAGGCGAUCCCAGUUCUGCUCCCGGCUGUGCCUGCGCAAGUAAUGCUAGAUACCCUCAGUCAGGUGCAGUUCGAUGUGUUUGACCCAAGGAUACCACGAGGAGUUCUGGGCAUCUCUCCUUUCUGGUACCAACUGAAACUCAAAUGGAGUUCCUGGAGGGGUAGAUACUAGAAAAUAGUCAUUUGCAGUGAGUUGAAUAAUACAAAGAAACUGAUUACACAACCAGGAGAUAAAAGUUUGAAUUGCUGGUAAUGUGAGGGGUUUUUUUUUUCCCCUUGAAUUGCAUCUUCUCACUGUAAUUUUCACCAUGCUCGAAUGAGCUGGACUACGACUGUUGUACUUUUCUGCAAUUUAAAGAGGGGCAGAGGUGAAUUUCUUGAUCCCGAAGCAGCAUCAGUUAUUGAGCGAGCUUGAGGGUGAACAGAAUUCAAACAUGGCUCAGCUGUGGACACUGUUAGAGACUUCCUUA